AUGGCUCGGGGGCGAGCUGUCACCAAAUCGGCCGUUCCACAGCAGCCCUCCAAGGUCGACGCAGAACUUGCUCGAUACACAGGAAAUAUCGAGGCAACCAACGAGUAUGCCAAGCGGGUGUUGGCCGACUACUCAGAAGGCCUAGCCGAGAGCAUCGAGUUCUUAGACUUCUCCAGAGUACGCUCGAUUCCCCUAAACAAGACACGUCGACCUCAAGAUGGCAGGGUCGUCAAGAGACAGAGGCUUGAUCCAGGACAAGGGUCUUCGAAGAGUCGAGCGAUUCUGACUACAGGAACAUCUACCGAAACCUGGCCGCGAUCGGUAAGGUCCCCAACAAAGCACAUCCGACGGGUCACCAGAGGAGUCAGUGACGACUUCAUCAUGGACUGUGAUGAGAUCGAUCAAAUUUCGAAAGACGCCGAACGUAUUAGAAUCGUUCGGGGAAUGCUCGACGCUCACGCUCGACAAAUUGUACACAUAGCCAAGGACUUAGCGGACGCAGAAACAAUCUAUGAAGCCAGAUACGACGCCUUCACUUCGCAUCUGGAUGCCCGCAACAACGAUAUCGCCAAACGUGCCCUACGAUCGGUUCUCGACAAAGUUCGUCUACGCACGCCCCUGGAGAAUACGCAAGGACCGCAACAGGAAGAACCUAUUCUCAUGAGCGACGACGACCAACUAACGUCUUGGCAUUCGGCGCAGUCGGCGCGGACGGAAGAACAAGGUGACGAAUCCUCAUAG